AUGCUUUACAGAAUAAAGAUGAAAUUAUCAGAGUUAAACGUUGACAAUGGCCAAUCAUUCAACUUUUCGAAUUGCGCGAGAAAUAUGGCACUUGAAUCGAUGGGAGCUAAACCUCCAGUUUUACGCAAUUCGCGUGCGACGGCUGGUAAUAUUGUUGGUGACAAACACUGUGAAAAAGUGCAUAAAUUAACUGAAUCAAUAUAUGCGUGUGGAGCCGGUACGGCUGCAGAUCUAGACCAAGUUACCAAAAUGCUUUCGUCACAAAUGAGGCUUUUGGAGCUGAAUAGUGAAAGGAAGGCACGGGUUAUUACUGCAGUGAGGCGGGCUAAGCAACACUUAUUCCAAUACAUGGGUUACAUUGGUGCUUAUCUUUUAAUAGGUGGUGUUGAUUCAACAGGAGCUCAUCUUUACGAGUGUUCUGCUAAUGGAACAACAAUGAGCAAACCUUAUGCAGCCCAAGGAUCUGGAAGUUAUGCAGCUAUUUCAGUUUUGGAAAGAGACUACCGUUUUGGGAUGGAGAAAGAUGAGGCUUUAGAGCUUGUUCAGCGAGCUCUGUGUGCUGGCAUGCAUGGUGAUAACGCUUCAGGAAAUUCUUUGAAUCUCGUCAUUAUAACGCCGGAGAACACAGUUUUUAAGGGACCCAUAGUACCAGAUUUCUGUGUAAGGCCUGAGCCAACCGACUUGGAUUAUAAAUUCAAAUGUGGCACAACAAAAGUUUUGAAGCAAAAAGAAAUUAAGUACGACAUUAUUGAAUCUAUGGAUAUAUCUCAUUAA